GUUGUUGAAGGAAACCCCUGCUACUUGUGCAGGCAGUUUCAGAGGUAUCUGGCUUUAUGUGACAGUUUUAUUUCAUUUGUCAGACUGUUAGUCCUUACAAACAACACUUGGAGGCUGAACCAGGGAUCAUGAUGUUAGAGGUGCCAGAAGGUUUUGAAGAUGUUGCUGUUGGAUUUUCAAGAGAGGAGUGGGACCUACUGGGUGACCAGGAGAAAGAGCUGCACAGGGAGGUGAUGGUACAGAACUAUGAGAACAUGAUUUCUGUAGGUUACAACAUCCCAGUGGACCAACUCUGGUUAAUUAUUAGGAAACAUGAGACAAUUCCACCUGGUGACAGUGACGGAGGAAUAACAGUUCAACAAAAGCAGCUUCCUGCUAACAGCGCUGACAAACCGGUGUGGUUAGAAGGUAUGUUGAGACUGGGACAAUCCAAAAGUCGAGGGAGGAGAGGUCGGAAAAGAACAAGAACCCCCGCGCAGAAUAACAUAGUCCGCAGGAAUGCAGAUUUCAGUGAAAUUCAGAGUCAGCUGCCAUCAUGUGGAACAUGCAAAAACUUCAGAUGUCACAAAACUUUGCCGGCUAAGGUUGUUAGUACAAGAUAUGACCAGGAGCACACCGAAAACCAGUACCAUAACUGUGUGGAAAGCACUGAUGGUUUUGUACAGAAAACUAAACUUGAAAUACAUCUGAAAACUCCUAGACAGGAAAAUCCAUGCAAAUGGGUUAAGUCCAGCAAAGCAUUACCCCUUCAUAGUGACUUUUUGAAUCAUAGGGGGAAAAAUCAAAAUAAUACGUUGGAAACAGAUGAACCUGUUUUCAGCAGCAAAAAGCUAAAUAAAUAUGUUGCACUUGUUAAUGAGAGAAAAUGUGAACCUCACAUACGUCCUACAUGUUUCACAAAGAAGGCAGACUUGCUAAACCAUCAGUAUGUCAAGAAGGAACACAAAAAAGUAUAUAAACAUGCUGUGUGUGGCAAAGGUUUUGUACAGAAGAGUAACAUGAAAAAACACCAAUAUACCCACACCAAACAAAAUCCACACAAAUGUGAUAUCUGUGGCAAGACUUUUGCAGAUAAAAGGUACUUAAUAGGGCAUCAGCUUGGCCACACUGGAGAAAAACCCUUUAAAUGUACAAUCUGUGACAAAAGAUUUAUAUAUCAGAAGUCUAUGGUAAGUCAUCAGAGCAUCCAUACGGGGAAGAAACCUUAUAAAUGCCCUACAUGUGGCAAGGAAUUUACAAAGAAGGGUAACAUGAGGCAACAUCAGCAUGUCCAUUCUGGGCACAAAUCGUACAAAUGCACCAUAUGUGACAAGAGUUUUGUAUGGAAGAGAACUAUGGUAAUGCAUGAGAGCAUCCACACUGGACAGCAACCCUAUAAGUGCGCUAUGUGCGAUAAGAGGUUUACACAGAAGAGUGCUAUGGUAAUGCAUCAAAACAUCCAUACUGGGGAGAAACCUUUUAAAUGUACCACAUGUGGCAAGGGUUUCACACAGAAAGGUAACAUGCAGCAACAUCAAUUUGUCCACAGUGAUCAGAAGCCCUAUAAAUGCUCCAAGUGUGACAAGAGUUUUAUAACUAAGAGCAAUAUGGAAAGACAUCAGAACAGUCACACUAUGCAGAAAACCUCUAAGUGUGCCACACGUGGCAAAGGUUUUAUACAGAAAAAAAAACAUAAUGCAAUGUCAUGAUAUUUGCACUGGGCAUAAGUCCUUCAAAUGCAGUGUGUGUGACAAGAGUUGCAUAAAUAAAGGUGAAGACUGCAUAUAAAUCUGAUAUGCUAUAUGUGACAAGAAUUUUAAACAUAAGACAAACCCGGCAGUAAACUUGGGUUGCCUAGACCAUAGUACUUUAUUUCUCUAUUCUACUCAAGCUGGCUUAUUGCACAUCAUCGGAUUAUCCACACUAGACACAAAGAUGGAAUGCAGAAAUGAAGAUUAGUAAAGUAGAAGUUAAAAAAAAUGAGUUAAAGUUAUGGAAUGCCUGCAAAGUGAAGGAUUUGGUAUAGAAGGUCUAACACAGGUUGCAUCACAGCAUGAUGUAGUGAGUCCACAAAUAAGGAAAAACCAGUAGAUCAGGAGACAUCUGAAGAAGAAAUAUGGACAUGGGAAAGAAAAAGAGAUUAAAUAUGGUGUAAUAUUUA